GUACUCCGAUAUGUUUGAUGUGGUAGUAUAUAAAUACCAAUGCUGCAAUAUAACUUGUAAUCUCGUGAGUGCAAAUCAUUUACUACGAAUUUAAUUUGAAAGAAAGAAAAUCACAUACAGCGGCGGCAUCAUCAGGGAAAAUGCUAAAAGGAGAAAGCAGCAGCCUGCGGCUAUUCCUACUCGGCUUGUUGUCGCUUCUUCACAUGCACCGAGUCCUUGGUAACGUAGAAGUUGAAGCUUUAAAUGCUAUGAAGAAUGCACUUGAAGACCCAGGCAAUGUUCUACAUAAUUGGGAUACUAGUCUCGUCGAUCCCUGCACUUGGUUUCGUAUUACAUGUGGUCAAGUAAUAGGUGAACCGGAUUACAAACAUGUUAUUCAAAUUAAUCUGGGAAUUUCAGGGCUCUCUGGUACACUCGUUCCAAAUCUCCAGAACCUUGCACAUUUGCAGUAUUUGGAGCUUUUUGGUAAUGCAAUCUAUGGUACGAUACCUGAGGAGUUUGGCAAACUAUCAAACUUGGUGAGCUUGGAUUUGUACGAUAACAAUUUGACCGGGCAAAUACCCCACACGUUUGGCAGUUACAAUCAUCUCAGAUUUAUGAGGCUUCAAAACAAUACAUUCACGGGCAUUGUUCCUAGGUCUUUUAUCACAAUAUCCACGCUCCAAGUCUUAAACGUUUCUGAGAACUGUAUAGAUACAUCAGUACCGAAUCCGCCUGAAGUCGUUGAUUUCUUUGCAAAGUUUGGCGAGGCUAGUUUUGCAAAUAAUCCAAAAGCGGGAUGUUAUAUUUAGCUUCAUAAGUUACUGGAUGGAUGCAUGUCUCUUCCGGGCUUAGUCUCGAUCAAGGCUCGCUAGAUGGCUUGUUUCACCGUGUUCAAGAAAUAUGAAUAAAGUCGGAGAGCAUAUUUUUGGCCGGAAAGUUUCUUGUCAAAUGUUUCUGGGAAUGUGCUCAUCCUAUAUGUUUAUUUCGGAGUAUUUUUUUUUCAAGUUUGUGAAAAUAGUUCUCCGGAUGUGUGUUCAGAGUUCAUCAAUUUAUGUUUGAUAAUAAGUCAUUUGUGUGUACUUUUCUGAGCAUAUGUUGAGAUAAGUGUUGAACAAUCGCCUCGGAGUUUAAACAAUUACGUUUCAUGUGCAUUACUGCUUUGACAUUGCUUUGGAUUGAUGUUGUGAUACGUGAGAUAUUCACA